UGGAGCAGGGCCCGCGCACGCUGUGUACUUUGCCGCGUACGAGUCGUUGAAGGAGUAUUUUGGGGGGAAUGAAGUCGGACAUCAUCCGUUAGCGUAUGCACUUGCAGGAGCUGGAGCUUCAAUUGCCAGUGACGCUGUGUUUACGCCCAUGGAUGUGGUGAAGCAGCGGUUGCAGCUGCGUCACAGCCCCUACUCCGGGGUUCUGGACUGCAUUAAGAAAACAUUGAAGGAGGAGGGCCCGUCCGCAUUUUACAAGUCGUACAGGACUACUGUGGUGAUGAGCAUCCCUUUCACUGCUGUUCACUUCGCGUCUUACGAAGCUGGGAAGAAGGUUUUAGGAGAUAUUUAUCCAGCCUACGCAGAUGAAGAACAUUUGCUGAUACACAUUACUGCUGGUGGUGCUGCCGGAGCUUUAGCUAGCGCUGUGACAACUCCACUUGACGUAAUCAAGACAAGAUUGCAAUGCCAAGGGGUGUGUGGUGCUGAUAGAUACGCUAAUGGCUCUGUGUUAGCUGCCGCCCGUACUAUAAUCCAACGGGAAGGCCCACUUGCUCUUUUGAAGGGUAUGCGACCCCGUAUGCUAUUCCAUACGCCGGCAGCUGCAAUCUGCUGGUCGACAUAUGAGGCAGGCAAGUCUUUUUUACAACGAUGGAACGAUGAUCAAAGGCUGUAACGUUCUUUUCGAAACAGUCCUUCAAUCACUGGUGCUGGACUUCAACUUCAAGUGGGUUAUUUAUAUCAGGCAAUUAAAUUAUUGGGGCAAAUGUGGCCCCUAUGAAAUAGGAUUUGGCAGAAAGUGACGACCAUACUAGCGUUCCUUAAAAUAACUAGAUUACGUUCACAUGAGCGACAGUUUCAGUAAAAAUCCUUGAACACAGUGCUCACUUCCUGCGAUCGGUAUAUGUACUUUUCAAGCACAGAAGAUUGCGAAGUAAUCAGUUAAAAGAUUGCUUUUGCCUGUUUGCUACACAGCUGGAAAAGAAAGAAAGAUGACUUCUUCGACGCUGGAUCUGUCUAGUACCAUGUUAAACAAACCGACUGCAGGACGAGUCCUCUACAGUUGCUAGGUCAGGACAGAUGUCCAACCUCAAGCGUCUGAAGGGCAAUUUGUUUGGUAGACAUGGGAGCAGGCUGGGAAAUUACUUCAUGCAAAUAUACCUUUACUUCCCUUAUUUAUCCGUGAGGUUCUGAUUAUGCUGAAAAACUUGAGAAAUUGUGGAGACAGUCAUGUGACUGCUACCUGAUAAUAAUAAAAACCGUGGUGUUGAGAUAGCUGUGCUUCUCAAUGUGUGUUACUAGGCA